AUGUCAAAUAUAAGACCAGACGAUGCAACAUUGGAUGAAAUGUUUCAACGAACAAUUUCAACAAUGGAUUUGCCACCCGAUAAAUUAAAAGAGCUCCUGAAAUAUCCUCCAGAGAAAAAAUGGGAUAUCAUUCGUGAUCAAGAUCAAGUAACAGCUAAACAUCCACCAUCUUAUUAUGUGAAUGCCUUAAAAGCUUAUAUUCGUGGCGCUAAUCUUGUACCGAAAGCAUCCACAUUGAAAAAAAAACAUCCAAUUGAACAUUCAACACAAUUAUUAUCAAGUUUAGAAAUUUCUUUAAGAACCAACAAUAUUGGUUGGGUCCAUGAAUUUUUAAGUAAUAGUAAUAAAGGUUUAGAUGUUUUAUUAGAUUAUCUAAAAACAUCAUUAGAAGUUAUGAGAUUUGAUUCGAUUGUUGAUAAUAACAAUAAUAAUGUAAAUCAUAAUGAACAAGAAAUUGAUAAUAAUAAUAGAUUAAAGGAGAGUCGAAAAUCUCCUUCACAUCUAUUCUUUUGUGGAUUACUUCGAGAAAUAGAAUCAACAGAUACAUCAUUAUCAUAUCAAAAUAAUGGUUCAACAAAUAAUCAUACAGAUAAUCAUCAUUUAUCAAUUCCAUCGCCUUCGCCAUUAUUAAGUCAAAAUAAUGGUUCUACUGAUACUUUUAAACGUUCAACAAUUGGACGUAGUGAUGCUAAAAAAUUACAUCGUAAAAUAAAAAAAUAUAAUAUUGGUGAAGCAACAGACGAUGUUCGGUUAUGUAUUAUGUGUUUAAGAGCAAUUAUGAACAAUCAAAAUGGUUUUAAUCUUGUUAUUCAACAUGGUGAAGCAAUGAAUUAUAUAGCAUUAAGUUUAUUACAUAAAAACUUUAGAUGUAAAGCUCUUAUUUUGGAACUUUUGGCAGCCGUUUGUCUUGUUGAACUUGGACAUGAUGUGAUAUUAAAUGCAUUUGAUAAUUUUCGAAUUAUUUGUCAAGAGAGACAUCGAUUCGAAACAUUAAUGAAAUCUUUUACACAAGCACCUGAAUUCAAUUUUGAUUAUAUGGUUGCUUGUAUACAAUUUAUUAAUAUUGUUGUACAUUCAGUUCAAGAUAUGAAUUAUCGUGUUCAUCUACAAGAAGAAUUCAAACUACUCGGUUUAGAUGAUUGUUUAAAGAAAUAUCAAGAACUUUAUGGUGAAUGUGAUCGUUUCAUAUUGCAAAUUCAAGCCUAUUUAGAUAAUUAUUUUGAUGUUGGACAAUUAUUAGAAGAUUCUGAAACAAAACAACAAGCAAUUGGAAAAGUAUCAGAAUUAGAAGAACAAUUAGCAAUUGCAAAUGAAAGAUUUCAAGAUGUUGAACAAGAACAUGUCAAUAAAACGACUGAAUUACAAAAAGCUCUGAAUCUUGCCGAAGAACAAGUUGAAUUCGUCAAGAAAGAACGUGAUGAUAUUACGCAAACACUUAAUACAUUAAGAAGAAAUCAUAAUCAUGAACGAGGUUCACCGAGUAGUAGUACAUCGUCGAUUUCUUCGGCACCUCCCGGAGCGCCAACAAGUGCAUCAAGUUAUUCAACAAUAACAUCAAAUCACAAUGUCUAUUCGUCAAACUGUAUUCCACCACCUCCACCUUUUCCAACUCAGAUGCCACGACCGGUUUAA